AUGCCCAAAGACACUAAGAAAAUUAAAAAUCAAAGCCAACAAAAUGAUGUUAAAGCCUUGUUGACCACAGAUAAAGAGAAUAAAGCAAAAACAAAAGAAUUGCUUGUUUGUAAAUUAUUAGUUGGAAAAUACAAAAGCACUCUUUUUCUGAGAGGAAGAGGAGGAAUAUUUUUGUGGAAAGAUCUAGAAAAAUCCAUAAAAAAAUAUUCAAACAAAAUUUUAAAUAAUGAAAAUAUAACAAUUCUACCAACAUUCAUUGAAAAUUUAAAAAUAUACAAUCAAAAUACUUUUGAUGCUUUAUUAGAUAGGUAUAUGAAAAAAUUUAAAAGUGAAGCAUUUGAAUUCUGGGUGAUUCCAA